AGAAUAUAGGAAGGAACAUGCCAUAGUAUAAAAACAGGCAACCUCUCUCCUAAAAACGCGUAGUUAUCAAGCAAGCAAGUCAACGAACCUAUCAAUGGGCUCAAUUCUCUCUUCCCUCAUCGGCGGCGAACCAGCUGCCGCCUUAGAAUCCUCCGAUCACACCGUCAAAACAUUCCACUCAUCCGCACGCUGGCAGCUCCACUUCAACGAAAUCAAAGACUCGCCUCGUCUCGUUGUGAUUGAUUUCUCUGCUACGUGGUGUGGACCGUGUAAAAUGAUGGAACCGAUUGUUCAUGCCAUGGCUAACGAAUUCACGGACGUUGAAUUCAUCAAGAUCGACGUUGACGAAUUAUCGGAUGUGGCGCAGGAGUUUAAGGUGCAGGCUAUGCCGACGUUUUUGUUGUUGAAGAAUGGGGAAGAGGUGGAUAAGAUUGUUGGUGCCAAAAAAGAUGAACUCAAAAACAAGAUUAAAAAAUACAGAGCUUAGUACUUAUUUUAUUUUCAACAAUAAAGAGAAAAUUGAACAUGAUGUUAUUAUGAUGGUACAAUUGUAAAAUUUUAACUGGUUGAAUGAUGUUUAUGUAUUUGUUUGAUAUUGCAUAUGACUUGUGAAUGUAAUGUAAAACGGUUAAUUGCAACUA